CGGCCUCCCGGGGGGCGGCGGGCCCCGAGCGCAGAGCGGCGGCGGCGGGGCGCUGCCGGAGCCCGCUCCGCCGGGCCAUGGCCAGCACCGGCUCCGCGCCCGGGGGCGCGGGCACGGGCUCGGGCUCCGGCUCGGGCUCGGGCACGGUGCUGCCCACCCGCUUCCAGGAGACCGAGAAGCUGCUGUCGGCGACGGAGGGCCGGGAGGAGAAGGGCCUCCGCGGCUCCAAAUCCUUCACGGCAGCCUUGCCCGGCGAGACGGAGCGCAACGGGCACGGGCUCGGCUACAAGUCGGUGUCGGUCGGGCACCUGGAGGCGCCGCCGCUCUCGCCGUCCCGGCUGAGCCUGGGCAGAGCCUCUUCCACGGCCACCAGCACGGCGGCCCCGGAGCAGGGCCGCCCGCGGGACUACCUGGUGCUCGCCAUCUUCUCCUGCUUCUGCCCCGUCUGGCCCCUCAACAUCGUGGCCCUCGUCUUCUCCAUCAUGUCGAGGAACAGUGGGCAGCAAGGGGACACGGACGGAGCCCGGCGACUCGGACGCAUGGCCAGGCUGCUCAGCAUCGUCUCCAUCGUCCUGGGGACCAUCAUCAUCGUGCUCUACAUUUCACUCAGCGUCAGAGUUUCCUAGAAGACGCUUCAAGCAUGCAAAUACCUUGAAGAGGAGGAAGACAACUUUCCUUUUGGGGUUUUUACUUUCAGCCUUGCAACAAAAAAACCAAUUGUCACAGUGUGGGUGGGCAGCCCUAGACAGCCUGCUCUGGAGCGCCGUUGGAAGGAACGCAUGCUUCUAUUCACUCUUGGAAAUGAGUCUGUACAGGUGAUGGGAGAAAAAACACCGGGAGAAGGAAUGGGAAAGGCCAGCGGACACCAAGUGGAGAGGAGAAGGGGGAAAUCCACUACCUCAUUCCCCUCCAGCAAAACUCACGGAGUGGGGAGACAACUAAAGUACAAGAGGAGGAGAGAGUUUCAAGAACGAAGCUUGUUUUAACAGAAAAAAAUUAAAGGCCAGAACGGGACAUUCUGAGGAAUCCUCCUAAGGAUUUUGGCACAAGUCACCGGACUUUUCUGGGGGGUUGUUGGUUUUUAAAUCGUCAAAUUCUCUGUCUCUACAAAACAAAACAAAGCUCAAACUGCCAUCAGGAGCUGAGAGCUGUUCCACGGAGGAGGAGGGAGGGCAGAGCUGCAGCAGGACCCCGGCUCUGCUCCGCACGGAACGCAGCCACAAAAGCUGGAGGAUGUGGUGGGUGCUUUUGUAUUUUUGAUGAAAAAAAAAAAAAAAAGAGA